AUGCCUUUAAACCCUUUGGCGUGGAAAAUUGUUUGUUUUUUAGUUACUUACUCAUCUCAAAUUUAUUCAUUAAAAUGUUGCUCAAGUAUAAAAUGUAAUGAUUACCCCAAUUUUAUCGUGCCUACUAUCAAUUUUAACAAUCCGUACGAAUCAUUCUACAAUAAAUAUAAUAAUAAAAGAGUCAAAUCUAUUCUUGAUGAUAAUAUAUCAAAUGUAAUAGAUGAAACUGUCAAUGCGGCCUCGUAUUACGAAUACUGUACACCUCUACAAAGUGAAACCCAUGAGUUUGAUCAAGAAAAGGAUAUAUACAAUGAUGAAAAAUAUGAAAUAUGGAGUGAUUAUGCCAGGAAUUUGAUUAAAAGAACAUAUAAGGAUGAGAAGGAAAAAAAUAUAGGCACGUGGAAGGAAUCUGUCAAAGGUUUUAACAUAGAUGUAAGGCCUUUUCAAUGUCCAGGUUGUGGUAUUUCAUUCCAAUCUAAAGAUGUUUUUUUACCCGGAUACAUUGAUACUCACGAAUUUGAUAAAUUCAAAUCCCAAAAUAUUGAGGAUCCUAAGUUAAAAUUAUUGCCAUUGUGUAUGAGAUGUAAGGGAUUUAAAGGUGGAAAUGUUUUAAAUGAUGGAAAACAUCUUUCUAAUGAAUAUAAGGAAACGAAUAAAAGAAAUGAUUUAGCUAUUGGCAACACUGCCAUUGAUGCUUCGAAUGAAACGGCCUUUGUACUACAUAAUACUCUAAAGAAAAAUUACCAUAGGCACGUUUCAAUAGUGUACAUCAUGGAUGCUUUAGAUCUAUAUCUUGAUAAACGUGUAGUCGAUUUUGUUGUGAAUAGAAGAAGGGAGAUUUCCAAAAGAGUUAAAAUGUCUGAUGGAGACCAAACCCUUUCAAAAUUAACUCUCUUUUAUAUCGUUGUCAACAAAAUUGAUUUAGUCCCUUAUGAUAGUAGGAAAAGGAUUUUAUGUUAUGUUCACAAACUUUUUAACGAUGUUCACAAAGAGCUGGGAUUAAAACCUAGACAUAUAUUUCUGACAAAUUCAUUGACUGGAAACGGAGUUAAUCUGUUCUAUAGUGUUGUAUUACACAGCGCUGAAAUUUUAAGAAGUAAAGUUUAUUUUAUCGGAUAUGCAAAUUCCGGUAAAUCUACUUUAUUGAAUUGGUUAGCUAAAUUUGCUAGUGAUACAAAAAGUCCAGUGUCUCCGAAUAGAUUAGCAACGAGUAUAUUCCCCGGGACUACAUUAAGGCCAGUAAAGAUAGAUAUUGGAAAGAAGUAUGAACUUUAUGAUACGCCUGGAAUACUUCUAACAAAUUCAAUAACAAGUCAUUUAUCUGUCGACAAUAUCCCCAUAGCAAUACCUAAAAAACAUAAAGCUCCCAUGAUACAUCGUGUUAAAGAUGGCGAAUCACUACUGUUAGGUCCAUUUGUACGAAUCGAUUUGGAGGAUUCUAAGCCAUAUUUCUUCACCCCUUUCAUUUCCGGGAACAUUCCGGUGCGUGUUGCGAGUAGAAAAAGACUGUAUAUAUCAAAGGAAGCACAAGAUUUGUCCAGAAUGUAUCCUGUGUAUGAAUAUGAUCAAAGUGGGAAUAAGAUUGUACAUAAAAAUAGUAAAGUUCCCCCUGAGAUGGAAGAUGAAGAGAAGAUGUUGGUACCUAAGAAAUUCAAGAUAAUUGGACGUGGAUGGAAGACAGCAACUGUGGAUAUUUGUAUUAGGGGAUUAGGUUUUGUUGCUGUAGCGGGUGCCCUAAAGGCCACAAUAAAAGUUUAUACGCAUCCUGAUGUAGAGAUAACGUUGAGAGAGUCUAUGUUUCCAUCAAUUGCGCUUCCAUUCUGA